AGAGCGGAGGACUUGGCAUCAGGCCCAGAAGGGAGGGAUGUGCCAGCCACGCCCGCAUAUGACAGGGCCACCUCAAGCCACCCCUCCAGCUCCCAGAGCCCCCUGCACACCUUUCCCUAGCUCCCCCCCGGGUUGCUCUCUGCAGCUGGGCCGGGUCAGGAUGGGGCAGCAGGGCAGAGCCAAAGUGUCUGAAUGCAGCAGCUGCCCGCAGGGAAAAAUGAAAGUGGCUCCACAGCCCGGGGGGAUCAAGACUGAGGAUAGGGAGGGAACCAGGCUGCCAGGGCUGCUUUCGCUUUCCCUUCACCUCGGCCCGGCUGGGAACAGGAUCGGCAAGGCAGCUGACGGGUUCGGGGUGCGGCUGCAGGGACGCCGCCCCAGUGCUGAUGAGGGAGCACCAGCUGCCCCAUGAGCCUCACUGUUGCUCUCCUGCUCCUCACCCAGCUCAGCUCCCUGUGGGGGCUGGGAACAGACGAGCUGCCUGUGCAGCUGCCCAUGACCUCGGAGGCAGUGCUGGGGAGCACUGCGCUGCUGAGCUGCACCUACCCACCCGAGGCGGACCUGAUCCUGUACUGGACCCGGCUGGGGCCAGCCAGCGAGAGGAACGUCUACACCUACUACAGAGGGGAACACCUGGCCUCACAUGAUGACCCUGCCUAUCGGGGCCGGGCCACUGUCCCAGCUGGGCAGCCCAGCCGUGGGGACGGGGCCCUCUGGCUACACAACGUGACACUGGCUGAUGAGGGGAGGUACCGGUGCCGGGUAAAGAGCAACCGUGGCAUGGGCUUUGCAGAGACGGAGCUACGGCUCAUAGGUCUCUAUCGUCUAUCCUGGCUCCAGCCCCAGCCAUGCUCCCCCUCCCUGCAGAACGUGACACUGACCUGCCUCGCAGAGGGCGGCUACCCCCUCGCCACCAUCACCAUCCACGACAGCACUGGCAGGGACUAUGGGGCCGGGACACUGGCUGCCAAGGACCCCCACGGGCUGUAUAGUGCCGCCCACACGGCCAACGUGCCCUGCUCCCCCCCCACCAGCUACACCUGCAUCGUCAACACCACCUUCCUCCAGCAGAACCGCACUGGGACGCUUGUCCGUGAAGAGCCGCAGCCAGCAUGGAAGGGCUGGGCCAGCGUUGGCAUUGGCAUUGGCAUUGGCUUGGCAGUGCUGGGGAGCGGAGCACUCUGGCGGCAGAGGCAGCAGGAACCCCACCCCUCACGGGAGGCAGAGCCAGCCCGGGAAGAGGCCCUGUUGGAGGGCACCAGCCCCACCUGCACGAGGAGGAGGGACCCACCACACAUCCUCCUGGUGCUGCGCCCACCCAGCCAACAUCUCACAAUGCACCCGUCAGUCACUGAGCUCUGCCCUGCCCCCAGCCAUGCCUAGCAGCCUCCUACAGCUCGGGGCAGGGAGUGCUGGGAGCCAGGACGCCUGGGUUCACCUCCUGACGGGCUGAGGCAGUUUCCCCCUUCAGUGGGCUGGCGCUUAGCUCGGCAUCACUACCCAACUCCGCCAGCACAGUCAAUAAACUCUGCUCUGGAAGGGGGACACCAGGCCG